CUUAACAUCUGGGCCAAAAUAGAUAGAGCAGGGUCUGAGAGGAAACCCAGAAGCUCAGGCUGCCCUUCAGCUGCUCCUGCCUCUGCUAAUCGCUCUUCUCCACAGGACCCUGCCCCUCCACACUUCUCUCUCCCUCCUGACCUGGGCCUGGAUUGCAGUUUUGUAAGGCUUCUGAGCAGCCAGUUCUGGAGCCCAGCCCACAAGUUGGCGAUGCCUACAUCCAGGGUGGAGCUGCAUACACCUGCCUGCCACACCCAGAAUCUUCAUCUGAGAACUGUGAGAGAAGGUGUUUGCUGCCAUCUUGCUUCUUGAGAGUUGGUGUGGUCCUGUGAAAUUGUUUGAGUCCUGUCCUCACACUUAUAUGUCCACACCAGAAGGCCAACACUCUAGUCUGUGGAAGGAGACCGGAAGAGGCUGUCAGGUUCUCUGGAGCUGGAGUUACAGGAGGUUGUGAGUCACCUGGUAUGGAUGCUGGGAAUCGAACUGACAUCUUAUGAAAGAACAGUUGCUCCAUUGCUCACCAACAUGGAAGAAGCAGUUGAGUCGCUUGAGGAUAAACAAUUUGAAUACUUCUCCGAUGCUGUAUUCAUUCCCAAAGACGACAAUACUUUAUCUGUAGAAGACAUUAAGAGAUUUGAGACUGCCGUGGGAAGAGGGAAGGUAGUGGAAGUGGUCUCUAUAGUUAAAGAGAUCAUACAGAACAUUUCUAAAACCACCAUAAAGAUCGCUGUGACUGGGGACUCUGGCAAUGGCAUGUCAUCUUUCAUCAAUGCCCUUCGGCUCAUUGGACAUGAGGAGGAGGAUUCAGCUCCCACUGGGGUGGUGAGGACCACCAAGAAACCAGCCUGCUACUUCUCCUCCCGCUUUCCCAAUGUGGAGCUGUGGGACCUGCCUGGCUUAGGGGCCACAGCCCAGAGCGUGGAGAGCUACCUGGAGGAGAUGCAGAUCAGCACAUACGACCUUAUCAUCAUCAUCGCUUCUGAGCAGUUCAGCUCAAAUCAUGUGAAGCUGGCCAAAGCCAUGCAGGGGAUGAGGAGGAGGUUCUAUGUCGUCUGGACCAAGCUGGACAGGGACCUCAGCACAAGUGCCUCCCCUGAACCCCAGCUACUGCAGAGCAUCCAAACGAAUAUCCGGGAGAAUCUCCAGCAGGAGAAAGUGAAGGAACCCCCCAUGUUCCUGGUAUCUGCCUUUAAGCCUGACUUACACGACUUCCCAAGGCUUGGGGAGACACUACAAAAAGACCUCCCUGUCAUCAAGUACCAUGGCCUCUUCAAAACCCUUUACCAAAUCGGUGAGAAAGCUGUCAAUGAGACAGUAGAAUUCAUUAAAAAGAGAAUAGAUGGCGAUGACCUACAAAGAGGGCUUGAAACCUUGGAUCCAGAUAACCAGACAGAGAGAAGAGAGUUUAAUCCGGAUAACCUGAUAGAGGUUCGGAAAGCCUUCCAAGAACUCUUUGGUGUGGAUGACAAAUCUCUCUACCAGGUUGCUCUGAAAAUGGAAAAUACACAUUUCAAGACUAGCAUGGAGUCCCAGGAGACCCAGAGUGGCUGGACACUGGCUUGGAUGUAUCACUCUGGAAGAGCAUUUGUCUCUACAGGUUUUGACUAUGUGCAGUGCUGCUUUUUCUCUCAUCACUACAGACACACUCAACAGAAACGUAUACUUGAUGAAACUGCUGGCAAAGCCAAGGAAGUUCUGUCAGACAUCCUGAGAGACUCCAUUCCUUAUCCUUAGGAAGGUCUAGACAACUGAAGUCCUCUCCCCAGCCCUGUAUCCCAUGUGUACCCCAAAUUGAGCUAACCCCCCAAUGGGUCCAAGUUCCUUGAGGUUGCUAGGUUAAUGGGUAUUUCUCUCAUGAGACACCAUAAUGGAUUUUGCUAACUGAAUUAUCUGGGAUCCUAAUAUAGGACAAGUUUCCCUUUUCUUUUUUUUUUUUUUUUCUUUUCUUUUUUGGUUUUUCGAGACAGGGUUUCUCUGUGUAGUCCUGG